AUGAAAAAGUCAAAUCACCCUUCUUCCAAUCUUCCAUGCAUCUACCAGCAAGUGAACAAAAUCAGCCCAUCUCCCUAUGAUUCUUCUGUUGAUCAAACAAGGACAGCUUUACCACGCGCAAUCUUCUUCUUGCUCUUUCUCUCUGUUACAAACAACACACCCUGCAACGCACAGUUAUCUCCUACCUUCUACGACGCUACAUGUCCCACUGCACUCCGCACAAUUCGAACCACCAUCAGAACAGCCAUCUCUCGUGAACGUCGCAUGGCAGCUUCCCUCCUUCGCCUCCAUUUCCACGACUGCUUCGUUCAAGGUUGUGACGCAUCAAUCUUGUUGGAGGAUGGGCCUUCGAUAGUAGGAGAAAGGAAUGCGUUGCCUAAUAAGGGUUCUGUAAGAGGCUACGAAGUGAUAGACGCUGCAAAAUCUGAGGUGGAGAAACUAUGUCCCGGAGUUGUAUCUUGCGCAGACAUACUGACGGUGGCCGCCCGUGAUGCAUCAGAAAUGGUUGGUGGUCCGUCGUGGUCGGUGAAGCUCGGAAGAAGAGAUUAUUCCACCACCGCUAGCUUUGUUCUAGCGGAGACCAGUCUUCCUAGCUUUAAAGCUCCUCUUGAUUCACUUAUUUCCACCUUUAAAGAUAACGGACUUAGCGCCAGGGACAUGGUUGCUUUAUCAGGAGCUCAUACAAUUGGACAAGCUCAAUGCUUCUUGUUUCGUGACAGAAUAUACAGCAAUGGAUCAGAUAUUGAUGCCGGAUUUGCUAGCACACGUAGACGUGGUUGCCCUCACUGGUAG